CGCGCUGCUCUGUGGAGAUGUGAUUUCUCCCCGGACUUUAUUCUCUCUCUCUCUCAGUCCUCCGCGCGCUCUCUCUCUCUCUCUCUCCUCCUCUCCUCCACAGGAUGCACGUGCUGCUUUUCGCCGUGUUUGUGCUGUUCGCGCGUGCCCAUGCAGCCCCCGAGACGCGCGCGCCCUGUCCGGUCCGGUGCGACAUGUCCGAGUGCCCGGUGCCGCGUGCGGCUUGUCGGGACGGGCGCGUGUCGUCCCGGUGCGCGUGCUGCGCGGUGUGUGCCCCGGGCUCGGAGGGCGGAACGUGCGGACGCGGUGUUACCUGCGGCUCUGGUCUGGAGUGCGUGCGCUCCGGGGCAAAGAAAUCAUCUAAAGGGGUUUGCCGGUGUAAGAGCCGAAGCCCGGUGUGUGGCAGCGACGGGAAGACUUACGGGACCCCCUGCAGGCUGGAGGCGGCCCGCCGCAGAGCGCGACACCGCGGAGACCCUCCGGUAACGCGCGUCCACAAAGAUCUGUGCGCGUCUCCGUCUCCAGGUACACGGGCACUGCGGGGUUCGGGUCCCACUCACCACAGCAGCCUCAGGUACAAGUUUAACUUUAUCGCUGAUGUUGUGGAAAAAAUUGCCCCAGCUGUGGUUCAUAUCGAGCUCUUCCUCAGCCAUCCACUGUUUGGACACCACGUGCCAUUGUCCAGUGGGUCAGGGUUCAUAGUUACAGACACUGGUGUGAUCGUGACCAACGCCCAUGUGGUGAGCAGCAGCGCCACUUCAGUGGGCCGACAGCAGCUUCAGGUGCAGCUUCAUGAUGGCAAAACAUAUGAGGCUUCCAUAACAGACAUUGACAAGAAGUCUGACAUUGCCACCAUCAAAGUUGACCCACGGAAAAAGCUUCCAGUUCUUCAUCUGGGCCACUCAGCUGACCUGCGCCCAGGAGAGUUUGUUGUGGCCAUCGGCAGCCCAUUUGCUCUGCAGAACACUGUAACUACCGGCAUCGUGAGCACAGCACAGAGAGACGGCAAGGAGCUUGGCAUCCGGGACUCGGACAUGGACUACAUUCAGACUGACGCCAUCAUCAAUUAUGGAAACUCAGGUGGCCCACUUGUUAACCUUGAUGGUGAAGUUAUUGGGAUAAACACACUGAAGGUGACCGCUGGGAUCUCCUUUGCAAUUCCAUCGGAUCGAAUUAACCGAUUUCUAGAUGAUUCCCAUGACAAACGGUACAAAGAUAAACACAAGCUAGUUAGGCUGCAGUAUAUGCCAUCUCAGCCUGUGGUGUCUGAUUCAGAUGUAAAAAGCACAAAGAAAAGAUUUCUUGGUAUCAAAAUGAUUGCCCUCACAAAGAAUCUGUCUGAUGAGAUGAAACAGCAUGAUCCAUAUUUCCCAGAUAUCAGCAGUGGAAUUCUUGUUCAUGAGGUCAUUCCAGAUUCCCCAGCACAGAAGGGUGGACUUGAAGCAGGUGACGUGAUUGUAAAACUAAAUGGCCGUUCAUUGGUGAGCACUGACGAUAUACAGUCUGCUCUUCAUGAAGACACACCGCUUCUUUUGGAAAUUUAUCGUGGCAGCAAUAGUUUACUAUUCAACAUUGAACCACAGGUCCUUUUACCGUAAAACCAAAGGUCUGCUGGAAAACUCAUAUUCAUUUAAAUGACAUUUUGUUUUAACGUGCAAUUUUUUAUUUUGUAUGGAUGAGAAGAUGGAGGCUACAUACAAACAACUGAACACUCACUGUAUUUUUUUAUUAUUACCAGUGGCAGUAAAUAUAGGCUCUGUAUUAAUACAUAGAGAACAACUGUGCAUUGUAUAUAAUGACUAGGAUUUUAGUCUCUGAAUUCACCUGAAACUUUUUUUUUUUUUUAAUUCAGAUGUUAACAUGCAGUCAUAAAGUCACUGGACUCAAAUGUCUGUUUUUUUAAACCUGCACAGAAGUAUGCACAUAUUCACCACAAACUACCUGAAAGUGUUUUAAAAUACAGUACAUAUCUACACUACAUUAACUGAUGGGCUGAAAUGCAUACUUAAGCCCGAUUUGGACAGGACUAGUUUUACAGGGUUGUCGUUAGAGAAAUUUCUGUUUCACAGACGUACUUUGUGAUAUUAAUCCCGUCCGAAACUGCCAUGUCUGUUUUUCUCUCACACGACCUCUGUAAAAAUUCCAGAGCAAAUUACCUACAGUUUUUCAGCAAACUCGGAGGUCCUCUGAGAAAUCUAAUCCCGUCCGAAUGCGAAUGUCUGUGAUAGCCAAAUUUUUUUUCAAAAACUUUCUUUUGUGUUUUGGUCAACGUGAACUACUGUACUAUCUCUAGCGUGCCGGUAUUCAAGUUUGCACACCAAUAAUGGAUGUAAAUGUGGACAUGUGAUCUUGUGCAAUGCCCACAUGUAAAACACAGACACUCCUACCUCCGUAAUAAAUACGGAGAUGUUAGUCCCGUCCGAAUGCAUACAUGAAAUGACAGACGUCGUCUGAAAAAAAUUCUAACUCAAACGUCGUUUGGAAAACUAGUCCCGUCCGAAUAGGGUUUUAGCUACAUAUAGUACAAUACAGUCUUCAUUAUUUAUGUGCUGUUAUCACAUUGGUCUACAAACUUCAUUUUGUAUAGCGUGAUUUAAUCUUUUUUUCACCUUUCUGAACAGAGCACACAAAUAAAACAACUAGGGAUCUGCCUAACACAAGCUUUUUGUACAUCUUAUCUAUU